AUGUCUUCAAUUACUUUAUGCGGAAAUAACGAGAAUAAUAACGAAUUUCAUAAUGAUAAAAUCUUAAACGCACAAAAACCACACAAUAACAAACGCAUAAUACUGUUUCCUUUCAACAACACUGAAGCUUCACGUGAAAUUUAUCAAUGGGCUCUCGAGAAUUAUUUUCAAAGUGAAAUUGAUCAUAUAUAUUUGCUUUCUGUGAUAAAAACACCAUGCCUCUUAUCCCCAUUAUACUCUUCCGCCGGUUUAUGGAUGUUUGGAGCGGGAAUGCUCAGUGGAAUUUCAGUUGAAGCGGAAUAUUUGGAUUGGCAACGAAGAAAAGAAGCUGAAGUUCGCUCGUAUUUAGGCGAACUUAAAAAUGAAUUAUCAUCGAGAAAUAUAACCAGCAGCAUACUAAUCAUCGAGGGAAACCCACGCGAUGAAAUCUUAAAUAUGUGUAAUAAUAUUGAUCCAGAUGUAGUAUUAAUGGGUACAAGUUUGAAAAAGAACACGAAUUUACUGCGUUCCUCAUCAAUAGUUUACGAUAUACAAAAAAAAUUGGCUUCAACCACAGUUGUCACGUUGAAUAGAGAUGAUAAUAAUAAUGUUCGACAACUGAAUAAUGGCUUUUUAUCAAAGCAAAGAAUUCGUGAAAUGAUUGGAUACUUAAAAUACUCUUUACGUCGAAAAGCUAGUUAUUCGAGUUUUUCAACGGAAAACACUUAUACGAAACUUGAAUAA